ACACACAGUCACUCCUGCAAGCAGAACCUGAAAAUGACACUAAAAGAGAAGAGGCCCCAAGCGGGCCCGCAAACCCAUGAGAAGGACCUCGCCGAUGACAGUGCUCUGCCAACAAAAACACCUUGCAACUCCCAGCCCACGACCACAGCCAGCAGGGGUGACCCUACAAUACCAACCCCCAGAUCAGAGAUGGAACCCGGUAAGGUGGCGGGGAUCCGGUCGGCACCCUCCGAGCCUCACCCACCUACUUUGCUCAGAUGCAAUCCCCCACUCAGACACACCGCUGGGCACCCUUCUAGAACUCUCACGGGACUAUGUUACCCCCCAAAAGGGCAUCGGCUGAGCUCAGCGAAGAACCGAAGAAUUCCCCAGGGCUGGCUUUGGUGGAAAAUCAAAAUGCCGGCGGACACU